ACCCCUACCCGGCAAUGUAAGCUUUUGGGAAGCUGCGUAUUGUCAGCACGAAGUGGAUCAUUGUAGUCUUCCCGAGUGGUUAAGGAGAAUGUGUAAUUCUGAGCGAAGGAAUGGCCUUAGUAAAAAGAUUCCACUGGGGCCGUAAAGGAUUUAAUGAAAAGAGGAUUUAAGUUCUCAAGAGCAGAAAGAAGUUGGGCGUGCGUUUGAAGCCGGAUCUUCCGGGACUUGUACUUUGCACUUUCCUUCCAGACCCGGUGAAACUUCAGCCUGGGUAAACUGAGGUCAGAAGUGCCCGUCAAGAUGGAAGUAAAUCCCCCCAAACAGGAGCACCUGCUGGCGCUAAAAGGUCCUGUUUCUUCUGAUUUGACAAGAAAGACAAUUUUGUAAUAAUAAAUUACAUUCUAGCUCUGAAGAGUUCAGCUAAGAAAUUUUCUCUUCAUUAAGAGUUAAUGGAUUACUGCAGAAUGACUACUGAAGUAAUAUUACAUUAUCGACCAUAUGAAAACGAUCCCAAACAGCUGGCAAACAUCGCAGAAAAUGUCAUUCAAGACUUUCCUACUCACCCACGAUCAAGAUUUAUUCCUUGGUUUCCUCACGAUGAGUCCAAACUUCCACUCAAGCCUAAAAAAUUACCACCAGUAAUUUCUGAAGAGGCCGCUGAGAAUGUGAAGCAGUACUUAACCAUUUCAGAACCUAGUGUUAAAUCACAGAGCUAUGAUUGCACAGUAGAUCUUUUGGAGUUUCAACCUAGCUCAAAAAUGCAGCACUUAAUCCAGUCACACACACUGAAGGAGCAGACUAAUUUGGCAAAUUUGGAUAAAAAUUCAGGAAAAGAAAAACAGCACAAGAAGAGAUCCUGGAGUGUUUCACUUGCCAGCAAACAUUGUCCAAAAAAGAUUUUUCCUUUGUCUAGAAAAUUGCAAGCUAGUUUAAAGACACUACAUUUGCACUCCCUUCAUAGAGCAAGAUGGACUUUAGAAAACAGUGUUUGCAACAACCAAACUCUGGAAGACAUUUGGACAAAACUCAAUCACCUUAUCAGACACAAUGAACUUCCUUCUUGUAAUGCUACCAUCCAGAGACAGUUAGGCCAAAUAUGGGUGUUCUGUGAUAUUAAGUACUGUGAAUAUGUAGGAAAUCUUCUUAAAGAAAGAUUAUCUCUUAUUGGGAAAAUUAAUUUAUUUGUACAUAAAUACGGUGUUAUUUUUAGUAUGUAAUACAUUUUGAUUAUCAGGAAAAAUAUUCUGAAUGAAAUGAAUAUAGACUGAAAUUGUGAAAUGAAUAAAUUUUAUUGAUCAUUA